AUGAAGGAGGUGAAGCGAGGAGAGAAUGUCGUGAGGAGGAGGGCUCGUAUUCUGAAAACUUCAGCUUUUUCUAUUUUUGAACCUGCUUUAAGGGAGGAGCUGGGGAAAUUUCCUCUUCAUAUCUUUCGAGCGCAAUGGCAGUACAGCCAGUUCCUCAACAAAAAGACAUCCAUGCGAGAAGGAGAGCUUCUGGCUGUACUGGACUUCGCGGAAAACUACCGUUGCUCCAGCCAAGAUGAGGCGCAGAGUGCACAUUGGAAUUACCUCCAGUACGAUGCCGCCGCUGUCCAGGUAUAUACAAAAGCGGCACUGGUGCACAUGAAGUCCAGAGGGUCCUUCGACCGCUUCGUCCAAUUUUUGGACGGAUGUGCUGCUCAGUAUAAAAGCAGGCAGCCUUUUUUUCAUAUUCAGCAGAGCCCGGAGCUUCUACUACUUCUAGGUCUGCCAAUCGAGAGGCACUUCUUUGGAAGUCGACACGGAAAGAACCCGUCCGAUGGUGAAUCCGCUGUACUAAAAUCGGCAGCAACUAGAGCUGUCAAAUGUCGGCGGGUCUUGAUACAGACACCAGAGAACAUGUUUGCUUUUGCCCGUGACCGGCUCUCCUUGGGCGGUAGCUGUGUCCACUACAAGAGAACAUUUCUGUAUGUGGACACAGUAGCCGUUGAAGCAGAACGAAGACGGAAGCAAGACGUCAUCAAGACCCUGCCCGGGACACGGGUUCUCCAUGUUGUCAAGGCAGAGGGAGGCUCUUUUGUGCUCCGAAACUUGAGCUGCUUCUGCCAAGGGUGCGAGGCUCAAGAACCCAGCCAGUGCUCGAACAGUGACUAUGUGGAGCCGUGGCACGAGCAUAACAUGGCUACCAGUGCUACCACCAAGAGAGGCAAGAAACCGCGACGACCAGUUCGUGAAGAUGCAGUGGUCAACACGACUAACAACACAGAAGUAGCCAAUGGAGAGGAUGCUAUUCCGUCUGAUGCGGAUGUGAGUCUAACCGAGAAUGUGAAGCCAUCGGAAAGUGUGUCUGACAGUGUUGGCAAAGACGAUUCCACACAGGUAGGAAACUACUUUUUGCUGGUUCACAAUCCAUAA